AUCUUUUAAGCAGUGUUGCCUCCCAGCAUUUUAUGAAUACAUUCCAAGUAUCUGCCCAUGAUGCAGAAGCCUCGUGGGAUUUAUUCCGUGGUGGAGAGCUGUUUUGAAGAAAACCCAUUCUGUAUACAUGGCCCUAUGCUGCUGUUCAAGAAAUCCAAAGAUGAUGGAAAUGAGGAGCUUUUCUAUGCAUGCAGUGCAACAAGAAAGAAUAAUGGAUGCUCUCCCCACAUUCCAUUCAGCAUUUGGAAGGCCAAAAAGAUUUCUCCAUCACCCAAGCAUCAUCAGAAAUGCCCCACGGAGCCUCAGAGUCUGACAUCCCAUCCAAAAGGGAAGCUGGUGAUUUUAUGCUGUGAUUGUGGUCUGCCUGUUGGCCAUAAUGAUUCCCACGAGUCUCAUGUCAAAGUGGAAGGCAACAAGGGAUACCUCCUUCACCAUCCAUCCAUGUGGUUGACCCCACAUUCAGAUGGAACAGCACAAGCACAAUACUUUUUCAGCAAACCUGUGGUUGAGGUUAUUUUGAAGAACUUACGUUCACUUGGAAUCCAAAGCAUCAUCUGCAUCGGGUGCCCCAGUCUCCUUGAGGCCGCCCAAAGCAAUACAUUGCUAUUGGACAUUGAUGAAAGAUUUCAUAACUUCUGGAGCCAGGAUUCCUUCCUUCACUACAACAUGUACAAUCACUGGUUUUUCCAUGAUGGAGACAGACAAAGAUUCUUGGAUUGGCUCCAAACGCAAAAUUCCCAGCGCUUGGCCAUCGUCAUCGAUCCUCCGUUUGGAGGCCGACUGGAUGCUCUCAGUCACAGCGUUCAUCGCCUCCUGAAGGACUGUCGAGAGUGUGGGGUGCCAUCCACAGUGCUUCUUCUCUUCAGUCCCUACUUCAUGGAGAAGCACGUGAAAGAGUGUUUCGGUACUCGCAUGGAAAUGCUGGAUUAUAAAGUCUCGUACACCAACCACAAGUCGUUUGCACUCGGAUCAACGGGAUCUGGUCAAGGGUCGACGGUGAGAAUCUUCACCGACAUACGCAGCAAGGACUUCCCUCUUCCCGAAAAGGAUGGCUAUAAGUUCUGCAGACCCUGUGAACGCUACGUAUCUGCCGAGAACAGCCAUUGUGGUGCUUGUGGCUCCUGCACGUCCAAGCUCACGUUUCCCCCUGUCUCCAUCGAAAAAGAAGAGAACCAAAGAGAUUCCUUCGAUUUCGGACGGCCGACCGUCCGUCCACUGCCAGAAGUGCCGCCGCUGCGUGAAACGGUCGUGGCAGCACUGCGACUCCUGCGACAGGUGCCACCACUCCGCCAAGGAGUGCCGGUUUUUCCCCGCCGACGCCUCCCGCGGCGAGGCGAUGCGAUGUUCGGAGGAAGAUCCCGGAAACGGAAGAGCGAAAAAAAGGAAGAAAUGCAGGAUCUUCUUCUCUUCGAAGCACGAUCGUAUCUUCAAACUAUUCUCCUUCGGUCGGUCGCGAAAGGUCCA